AUGGCAGACCCAGAGCAGACCAAAAGCCUUGAAGAUGCAGCCAGUGAUGAGGAGGAUGGAUGGCCUGAAGGUGAAUGCGGCCUAUGCAACCAAAAGUUCCAGUCGCAGGAUGAUGCUGUUGAUGGAGCUGCAAUGACUGUGACCCCAUGCAAGGGGGUCAACAAAGGCGAGUGCUUACGCUGCUUCUACAUUUGCCGGGGGUCAUUCAAGAAUGUUGAGUCAGGGAUGCUUCGGGGCUUAUUGAAGAAGAAUGCCAAUUUGCGGGACAAGUUCCGGUCGCUUCGCAAAAAGCAUAUUCGGAUCACAACCAGAAGCCCUGGCACCCGCCCUCGGCAUGAAAGCAUUGACGUUCGUCAUUUUACUGAGAAAAAGAAUGAGGCCUUUGUCGAUAUAUUCGAGGAGGGGGAGUGGAUGUCCAUUUCUGAUUAUAUCGACACCAAGAUUGACGAUGAGAAAAUCAAGAAGAAGCUGAAGACUCAAGCGCAGAAACGGGCUUAUGUGACCAAUGACGACAUGGGAGUUGAUGGAGUCAUCAUACUCCCAAAUGCGAAAGUGAAAAAGGUUCGCAUGGGAUCAAGGGUCAGCUCCGCCCAGCUGCGACGUGAAGAGCAUGCUGAUGGCCAGGAUGCCAAGGCAGCUGCAGAAAAGAAUAAGAUCUGUACCGCCAUGGAUGUCAACACGAAGGACUGGUGUUGUCAAUAA